AUGUCCAUAGGUUGCUUCGUCAACGCGUUCUUGCUGGCCAUGUUCUACAUCGUGUGCAUCGGCAGCACGGCCGUGAUGGUCAGCAUUUUCAUCGACCAGGUGCGGAGGCCCCACAGCAUGGGCUCCAUCGUCAAGUCCUCGUUCUUACUCAUCUUCUGCGUCAUCUUCUUCGCUGUUACGUGCACGGUCUUGUGCUGCUUCACCUUCUCGCAGUCGGCGGUGCGUCCAUGCCUGGCCUCCGCCUCCGGGGCUCUCCGUGGCGCGGGCCGGCUUCUCUGCCUUUCGUGCCGGUGUGCGGGCGCCAGGCUACGGCGCGGAAGCGGCGGCGGCGGCAGCGGCAGCGCUCUGCCGCAGUUUCUGGACCAGACAUCGAGUCAUAUGCCCGUGCUCGCCCGGGAGCCACCGGUGCAUGGCGGCGCGUGGGUGGCGACAGCGUAUGACAUCCCGGCAUACGAGCAACCGGAGGGUGGUGGCGGAUCGGAGUGCGCGGUCUGCCUCGGGGAGGUGGAGAAAGGGGACACGGUGAAGCGGCUGCCGGUGUGCCUACACAUGUUCCACCAGCAGUGCAUCGACCGGUGGCUGCAUGAGCACUGGACGUGCCCGGUCUGCCGGUGCAACCUCUUCGUGCCGUUGCCGGCCCAAAUGGUAUGA